AUGGUGAAAGAAGUUACAAGCCUUACUGUUUGUAAAAUCGACACAAACGAGAUGCAGAAAUGUCGUCCAGCCGUCACUGGAAACAGCCCGCCGCCUCCAGUCAACGAGUGCUGCGUAGUGGUCAAAUCAGCUGAUCUUGCAUGUUUUUGCAGAUACAAGUUUUACCUCCCAAUUUUAGGAAUUGAUCCAUCUAAAGUCGCGGCUCUUGUAGCCAAAUGUGGCGUUACAACAGUCCCUAGCAAUUGCCGUGCUUGA